CAAAUGGAGGAGAUCACUCGAAGCAAGCCGAGCACUGCAGUGAAGCGAUCGAGCCAAAGAUGGCCGCCGCGAACCUCCACAAGUGCAUCGCCCUCCUCGUCGUCGCUCUUGCGGCGGCGCUCUCGCCGUCUCACUGCACCGCCACCGCCACCGCCUCCCCGCCUCGCUACGCCUCCCCGCCGGUGGAAGCACCGGAUGAGGAGGCUCCGGCUCCCUAUGCCGCCGAGGCGCCAUUGACGGGGCAACAAGGACCUGAGCACGGGAAGCAUCACCACCACGAGUCGUCGUCGUCGUCGCCGCCGGCUGAACCGCCGUCGUCCUACAACGCGACGGAGCACAAGCACCACGGCCACCACCACCACCGCCGCCGCCACCACCACGGGGAAGCUCCACAGGCGCAGCCACCGGCUCACCGCUCGCCGCCGCCUCACCACUUGCCGCCGCCGCCCCCUGCUCACCCCUCGUCACCACCCCCGGCUCACGCCUCGCCGCCGCCUCAUCACCUGCCGCCCCCUGCUCACGCCUCGCCACCGCCGCCGCCGCCGCCGUCCCGUUACCCGCCGCAUUCCCCACCUCCUCCGGCGCACAAGUAUCCACCGCCGCCGCCUCACGGCAAAGCAGCAGCAGCACCGCCGCCGCGCGGCCACAGGAAGCUCCCGCCGCCGUCUCCUCAUUCGGUGAAUUUGGCAAUGGCGCCCUCGCCAUCUUAUUUCAGUGCUGAUCCACCAUCUAACUAAUUAAGCAGAGCUGAUCACAUCAGCAGCUCUGAUCGAUCGGCGACGCUCAGAAUGGAGCAUCGCCACAUUGCUAUCUUUUGGAAUCUUUGAUAUGCAAGGCCAAGAUAAACACCUUAGCUAAUUAAGUAAACUCGAGGUGAAAUGAAACUGUUAGGCAAAUAAUCAAAAGCCCAGGAGCAACUUUCUGAGGGCGUUCGUGCUUUUUGUAACAUUUUCUAUCUUCCAAAAUUUAACGAGAAAGUUACUGAGUAAAGUAUGUGGUUGCUUUGAAAUCA